AUGAAGAUGAAUGUGUUUUUCUUGAAUGGAUGGUUAGUGAUCGGAACUGGAUGCCUAUUUCCUAGAAUCGCACUUUAUGGACUUGAUCCACCAGGAUCUAAAGAACGCCACCCUACUUUCUAUAGUUGGUGUUGUACCGGUCGAAAAAAGGCUAAGUUUAGCACUUUGGAAGAGAAUUGUGCGCUGAGAGUGGGCGAUUCCGAUGAAGAAGACAUGAACCUCUCUCUUGCUCCCAAGAAAUUCGAAAACUCUACUCUUUUCAUUGAUUCCAUUCCGGUGGCGGAGUUCCAAAGCCGACAACUCGCAGUUCAUCCACCGGGAGCCCUAACCAUCUCCCGAGAGCUUCUUGACACAUCCAUUGUUGUAGAAGCAAUAAGCAGGAUUUCAUGUUGGGGUGAGGAUAAAACAAAAUUGGGGAAACGCGUUGGGAGGAGUUACGGAUCAGUGAUGGAAGAUGUUGUGACAGGUUACAAAAUGCAUAACAUGGAAUGGAAAUCGGUGUAUUAUGUGAUAAAACGAGAUGCCUUCCGUGGUACAGCUCCGAUUAAUUUGACAUAUCGACUUCAUUAG